AUGCUGCGUGUAGUCAUCGCCUUCGUCAGUCUUUCCGUGUUCACCGAUGCCUCAUUCACAGACAUGAAUUGCACCAACGGUGAUACCACAACGACUAAGUUCAUUGCUUCCUCCACGGCGUGCAGCGACAUUUACGCGCCCAGCACUUGUCUUGCGCUUUUCGGAGCGGCUGUUGUAGCCGGCAGUACGACCGACAGAGACGUGAAAUGCAACACGGAUGCUAACGGUAUCAGCGAAGACGUGAAACAGCUCGCCAUUUCCGUUUGCCCCAAGCAUUGCGGAUAUUGCUGCAAUACUCCCGAAUACCAAUGUUCCAACAAAUUAUUCCCACGAACAAACUGCGCUACCGUAACUGUCGCUCAAUGCUCCGACGCAACUUGGCGUCCAAUUCUUGCUGAGGAUUGCCCGAAUGUCUGCGGAUUCUGUCUUACUGGAGGAUGUGUGGAUAAGGUGAUUCAGUGUGCGAACGAUAUAAACAUUUGCAGACAGGUUGACAUGCAGACUUUCGUAAAGGAAAACUGUCAGCGUACUUGUGGAUAUUGUCCAACGUCUACUACAGCAGCAUCAGCAGCAGCCGUAACUGUCGCCACAACAGCGAAAAGUGCGAGUGCAACUGCUAUUUGCACAUCAGCCGUUGACAGUAAUGCAAACUGUGCUACAUGGUAUAAGAACGGAUUCUGCACCAAUACCUUCUAUACUCUGGCUCAGAGGAAGCAGUACUGUGCCAAGACGUGCAAUCUCUGCUAA